UUAAAGUAAGGAACAGUUCGAAGAUGUUACUGAAGUGGUUCUCAUGAUUGUCAGCGCAUAUUUUCGAUGUUAGAAGAUUUACUCCAGAAGCGGAAAAUGUGCUAAGCCGUUAAUAUUAAGAGUAAAACUAGGCUACCUAAUAAUAAAAGAUAUUAGGCCUAUAAUCAAGAUGACCAAUUCCUUUAUGCAACAUGAUGUGGAAAAUCUUCUUCUCAAUAAAUUUGUUGUCAUUAUUGGAGAUUCAGUUCAAAGAGGUGUUUAUAAAGAUUUAGUGAUGCUCUUAACAAAAAACAAGUAUUUAACAAAAGGCCAUUUAAGAGCCAAGGGUGAAUACACAUUUGAAGGGGAUGAACUGAUCGAGGGUGGAUGCCGAGGGAAAAUGACAAAUGGUAUUAAUUAUCGAGAAGUUCGUCAGUAUAACUCUGGAGAUCAUCUGAUCAGAUUUUAUUUUGUGACUAGGUGUUACAAUAAUUAUGUUGAAAGUAUUUUAUUAGAUUUAAAACAAGAGCCUUAUCCUGAUGUUGUCAUUAUGAAUUCCUGUCUCUGGGAUAUAACAAGAUAUGGUCGAGACGCAAUCAACGAAUAUAAAGAAAACCUUCAGAAGACAGUAAAGAGAUUUAAAGAUGUUUUAAAUGCUGAUUGUUUAUUUAUAUGGAAUUGUACCCUACCUAUUUCCAGUAACGCUCGUGGUGGCUUUCUUAUACCUGAAGUAUCCUUUAUGAAUAGCACCCUCCGUUUGGAUAUCAUCGAAGCCAAUUAUUUUGCAAGAGAAGUUUUUGUUAAAAAGAGUUGUGAUGUUUUGGAUUUGCAUUUCCACUUGCGAAAUCAGUUGCAUCGACGCACUGCAGAUGGCAUACAUUGGGACUAUACAGCACAUCGUAGGAUUACAAACCUAAUUUUGAGUCACAUAGCAAAAGCAUGGAAUGUUAAGCUGUCAAGACGACUAAAAAGAAUUCAAGACCUUGACUUCAACCAGGCCAAGGAUGAUAUUGAACCUUAUGAUUAUUACCCGCAAGGUUACAAACGUAAUGUUAUGGAUUAUGGAAAGGAAUAUUCAAGCAAUGGCUACGGUCGAAGCGACAUGGAAUAUUCAAACAAUGGCUACGGUCAAAAUGACAACUACUCAAAUUACCGAAGAUCUCGCAAAUCAAGAAAUAAAGGUAAUGUUGACCAUCUACUUGAACUCGGUGGAUUACAGGAAAACUUUGAGUCUAAUCCCAGUUUUAGGAGAGUCACUAUCCAUCCGUUGGCAAAUGAAAGUUGUUAUAAGAAUAGAAAUAAAAACUCAAAUGACCUUCAUCAUCAAGGUAAUCAUUUUGGCCCUAUUCGUCAUGUUAACCGACAUAAUCGCCAUCCGUACAUGUAUAAGAAAGCUCGCUGAUUAAACAAACAAGUUUGGUGAGAUAUAUGUAUUACAGUAGUUGGACAAGUAAAAUAGAAAGAAAGAUUGAGAAUGAUAGCUAAUUAGAUAUUGUCAGAUAACAUUUUAAAACUUGUGAUUAAUGUAUACGUUGUGGACUUUGUAUGUUGAAAAAUACAUAUAUAAUAACUAGUCAAAGUUGAUAUGAUU